AUGCACCCGGCAGCGUCACGAGGAAAGCUCAACUCGUCGCGGAACAGGUCGGCGACCAUGCGCAAGAGCAAGUCGCGCGUUGUGCGCGGAGGCGGCUCAGGGGCGUCGCUGGCCGAGCCUGCGGGCGGCGGAGGCGAUGGCGGCGAUGGCGGCGAUGGCGGCGGGCGCGGCGAUGAGACCGCGCGGUCGCGAAAGGGCGGCGGUGGCGGCGGGGCUGGUGGCGGCGACGAGCCGCGCAACGGCAGGCUGAUCAAGUUCCGGCUCUCGGACGACUACGGCGACGCCAUGUUUGGCCGCGGCGUCCUCGGCUCGACCACGUCGCGAGUGUGGACCUCGUCAGGCCGGACGGGCAGCGCCGGCAAGGAGCGGCGCGAGGCCGGGCUGGGCUCCCGGCGGCCAAGCACAGCCGGUGUUGUCAUGUCGCUGGCGACAGGCGGCCGCGACGGCGUCGUCACCGACAUCCACGUCCGCGACGCGCAUGCCCACGGAGACUCGAAUCCGGUCCUCCACACCAUGCUCUCGCGGCACAUCGAGGCCGAGAACCAGACCGGCAGGGAGCGGAACAAGCAGGUUCGGGCGUCGGUCCGUGGGCGGCACGGGCGGCACGGGCGGGCGCCGCUGCCUGGGAGCCACGAUCCAGCGGCACCGUCGGGCGUGGUGCCCGACGAAAUCCAGAUGCUCCUCCCCAAGCGAAUUCAACGCCGCCGCUGGGCCUCGCUCCGGUAUCUCAAGCAGCUGGCGCGGAACGAGAAGCUCAAGCACUACAAGAACAUGACGCUGCGGCGGAUCCGCGACGCCCAGGGCGGGCACCCGGGCUCGACCGAGAACUCAGGCUUUGACCUCGAGGAUGAUGCGCUGCAGCUGCCGGACGACAUGCCGAUGGCGGAACGGAAGCAGGCCAUUGCUCGCUUUGCCGAGGAGCGCAACAAGCGCCUGCUUGCCUCGCUGGAGGCACGGACCGACGCCGCUGAGCGGCGCAAGUCGGCGCGCAUGGCCGCCCGCCGUGAGCGGGUUGCCCGCCACGUCGACCGCGUCCAGGCCGCCAAGGCCCGCCAGCAAGAGCGGAUGAAAACGCUCGAGGAGCGCCGCUGGCAGCAGCGCCAGGCAGUCACCACUUCGUUUGCCAACAAGCUGGUGCAGAUCGAGAAGCGUCGCGUCGACCAGUACAACCUCCGGCAGCAGCUCAAGCUCAACGGCCUCGAGUUUGAGCACGCCCGCGAAGAGAUCCAUCGGAUGAUCCGCGAGAAUCCCGAGCUGACACUCGAGGAGAUCGACCGGGUUAUCGACGAGCUCAACACCCGUUCCGCUCGCGUCCUUGCUGCUACCACCAACAUGCCCAUGCCGCCCGUCGAGCCGCUCACCAUCGACGACGCCGAGUCCGGCGACGAGACCCCGCUCACUGUCCGCGAGCACUUGGUGUCCAAGAUCAUCCGCUCCAACCGCUCCACCAUCCGCCCCUCGACCGCAGCCGGCGCUGCCGGCGGUGGUCUCCGGGCUUCCAUCCUCCGCUCGCAGGCCGGAAAGCAUGCCCGCCCAGCUGGCCCUGCUAGCGACCUAGCCGCACCGGCCGCACACGCCGCACCCGUCGCACCCGCCGGACCAAAGGCCUCGGCCGAGCCGCCCUCGCCGCGGAUUGUCGCUGCGCCACGGCGACGAGCGUCGGCAGUCAAGCCGGCGGCAGCAGCCUCGACGACGCACCAGGCUGCUGGGGCCGGCGACGCACUCGUCCCGCGGCCACCGUCCAAGCCGCGGCCGUCGACGGGUCGUCCGCGCGCCUGA